GAAGCGCCUCCCGCGCUUCUGCUUCCGGCCACCUCAGCGGGGGAAGAGGAGACGCAGGCAGAGGGAGCUGCCGGAGCGGAGUGCCGAGCGGUCUCGGAGCGGAGAACGAAGGGAGACGAGAGUAACUGCCAGUGUCGGGGGGCGGUGUCGGCUCCCCUGUAACCGGAAGAAAUGGUGUUGCUGACGAUGAUCGCCCGGGUGGCGGACGGACUGCCACUGGCGGCCUCCAUGCAGGAAGACGAGCAGUCUGGCCGGGACCUUCAACAGUACCAGAGCCAGGCCAAGCAACUGUUUCGCAAAUUGAAUGAACAGUCCCCUACAAGAUGUACCUUGGAAGCAGGAGCCAUGACUUUUCAUUACAUUAUUGAGCAGGGUGUGUGUUACCUGGUUUUGUGUGAAGCUGCUUUCCCCAAAAAGUUGGCAUUUGCCUACCUUGAGGAUUUGCACUCCGAAUUUGAUGAACAACAUGGAAAGAAGGUGCCCACUGUCUCCAGACCCUACUCCUUCAUUGAAUUUGAUACCUACAUUCAGAAAACCAAAAAACUGUACAUUGACAGCCGCGCACGGAGGAACCUGGGCUCCAUCAACACUGAAUUGCAGGAUGUGCAGAGAAUCAUGGUGGCCAAUAUUGAAGAGGUCUUACAGCGAGGGGAAGCCCUCUCAGCAUUGGAUUCCAAAGCCAACAAUUUGUCCAGUUUGUCCAAGAAGUAUCGUCAGGAUGCGAAGUAUUUGAACAUGCGUUCCACCUAUGCCAAACUGGCGGCAGUCGCUGUGUUUUUUAUCAUGUUGAUAGUGUAUGUACGAUUCUGGUGGCUUUGAACGCGUUCAUGCCGUCCUUGGCAGGGGAGAGCCUGAAACAUGGCAGGUGUAUGUUUGCAGGACACUGAGUGCACAGGGCUGUGCAUUAGGAUCCAAAUGGGACUUGUGACUCUGGAGACCUAGAAAGAAAGGAAGUGUCCUAAAUGCCGUAGGCUACCCCUCAUUUAGUGAAGCUUAACCCUCUGAAGAAGGUCUUGUUGGGGACUAAAGACUUUCUCUGGGUGGCAAACUGUAUGUGUUAGGGAACAGUAGACUUCCCUCCCUGUCCCAUCCCCCCCCACCGUGUUCUGAAACCCUUAGGUAGCAUUGACUAGGGCAUUCCCUUUCUGGAAUGGAUCCAUCCUUGGGAUUCACACUAACCAACUUAAACUUGCACCACCUCAGUCCUUCUUUCAGAGAGGGCAGCCCUAAUGGAAACUGUUGAGCGCCAAUGAACAUUCCUGAUGUGGGUAAUGUUUGUUUUUUUCUGGAAUCUGGAUCUUCAAUGGCCACUCAAACAAGACUCCUGUAUGUGAAGGCUGAUUUCUGUACAUAUCUUAAUGUCUUUUUCUUCUGUGAGAAGUUAACUUGGUUGUUUUCCUUUUCUGAUACUUUGCUUAUUGCACAAUUGCUAUGGGGUUAAAUGAAUAUUAAAUGGAGAUGCCUUGAAAUUAUGCUGUAUCCCCUCCCUGAUUAGGAAGGUAACAGGCUUUCUAUAAUGUAAUACUUAAACAUGUGUUAAACCAUUGUGGGAAGUUCUUAAUUUCCUUCCUUAGCAUCCUUCUUUGUAUAACACAGGGGAGAAGAGUAAGAGUGUCUGAAUACUGUUACUGGCUAGAGGAUUAGCACCUAUUCUAGCUCCUCUCUUGCUUCCAUUUAGUAGUUUUUUACUUUUUUGUUUUUCCCCAUGUAUAUUUCUAUGAUCGGUGCUGGGAGGAGGGAGGGCAGAAGAGGUCACUUUGAACAACAGUCUUAAGCUUCAUGACCAGCAUUUUCAGGUAUAAUCCAGAUGAUAAAAUAGAAAAUGUUCUUAUAUGUAGGGAAUCAGUUUUUGAUUUCAGUUUUUCUGUGUUUUAUUAUAAAUAUUUUUAACCAAGGAAGUCUGUCAGAAUUAUCAAUGUUCCUCCUGUUUGUGUACGCUUUCUAAGAAAGUUACAUUUCUAAGAAUAGAAAUCUCAUUUACUGUAUUUUUUAAUAGCUAAUAGAAAGAAAUCUGACCUCACAUCCACUCUUUCCCUCACCUGUGUGCUCUUUCUUAAGCACCUGGCUCUCUUGUUUCUCCCACUGCUAGGGUGAUAGAAAUUUCCUUUUACUUUUGGAGGUGGGAUUUUUGGAAUGGAGAGAAUUGAUGCAUAAGAACAGAGGUGAGGUGAGGAAAAAUCUAAUGCAGCCUAUCUAGUACCUCCUCCCCAUGGAACAAAUACUGUUUGAGAAGAGGUAGAAAGACACUGACCAGCUUAAUCCUCAGCACUUUAAAAAUGUCUUUAGUUCUAAGUCCAGUAGGUAUGACUUUCUAACUACAAAAGGUUAUUUAAGGUCCAAACCCUAAUUAGGAGUUGGGAGGGAAUCAGUUUCCCACAUAAUAAGACAAGGAAAGAGAUUUGAUUUGUCUCUUCUAAUUUACUUAGAAGCCUCUGAGAAAACCUGGUAUAGUAGCAACUGUUAUGACCUCAGCAUGGAUAGGAGUCUGCCAACCUCCCCAGAACAAUUGGUGUGACUACAGUUCAUCAGAAACUGAGCCCAGAUCAAAAUAAUUGAUGAUUAGUUUUUUCGAGUGGUCAAAAGUUGCCCUUUGUAGACAGAAAUAGUCCCCCCAAAUCUUGUCUCUGUGUAGCUGAAUGUUCCUGCUAUGUAGGUCUGUAAAAGGCUGAAGAUUGAUCCAAUAUGGCUCGCAGAAAUUUUGGUGCCAUUCAGGAGUGGAGAAUGUGGCAGCUUGAUCAAAGUCGAGUGCUGCCAUCUGAGGGUCAGCAAUGAAAUAAAUUUCUUCUAAGAACA